CUUCGCCGCCUGGGCACACUCCGAAAAUUAAAAUAAUUUUCGUCGUUCGUGGUUGUCUCUGUUCCUCUGCGUUUCGCAUUACACUCUAGCCUCACUUAAAUCAUAAAAAAUGGCUCCUCCAUCAUACAGCGAUUUGGGCAAACAGGCUCGCGACAUCUUCAGCAAAGGCUACAACUUCGGCCUGUGGAAGCUGGACCUGAAGACCAAGACCUCGUCGGGCAUUGAGUUCAACACAGCCGGACACUCGAACCAGGAGUCGGGCAAGGUUUUCGGUUCUCUGGAGACCAAGUACAAGGUCAAGGACUAUGGCCUGACCCUGACCGAGAAGUGGAACACAGACAACACCCUGUUCACCGAGGUGGCUGUUCAGGAUCAGCUGUUGGAGGGUCUCAAGCUGUCGCUGGAGGGCAACUUCGCUCCCCAGUCUGGCAACAAGAACGGCAAGUUCAAGGUUGCCUACGGCCAUGAGAACGUCAAGGCCGAUUCUGAUGUCAACAUUGAUCUGAAGGGCCCCUUGAUCAAUGCCUCUGCUGUUCUGGGCUACCAGGGAUGGUUGGCCGGCUACCAGACCGCAUUUGAUACUCAGCAGUCCAAGCUGACCACCAACAACUUUGCCCUUGGCUACACCACCAAGGACUUUGUCCUGCACACAGCUGUCAACGAUGGCCAGGAGUUCAGCGGCUCAAUCUUCCAGCGCACUUCGGACAAGUUGGACGUUGGUGUACAGCUGUCGUGGGCCAGCGGCACCAGCAACACCAAGUUCGCCAUCGGCGCCAAAUAUCAGCUGGACGAUGACGCCAGCGUGCGCGCCAAGGUGAACAACGCCAGCCAGGUAGGCCUGGGCUACCAGCAGAAGCUGCGCGACGGCAUCACCUUGACUCUGUCCACGCUGGUUGAUGGCAAGAACUUCAACGCUGGCGGUCACAAGAUCGGUGUUGGUCUGGAGCUGGAGGCUUAAAUCUGCGGAAUCUUUCAAGUUGUCUAACAUACCCACAUGCCCAACAACAAAAACACCAACAAUAAGUGCAGUCAACAUCAAUAUACCAUGCAAAACAAGAACAAAAAUAAAAUUAAAAAAGAAAAACAAAAGAGCACACAGUAAUUGAUGAAAGAAUCUUAACACCUUACCGAUUAGAUUGGAUCCGUUGUCACGCCCCCGCCCAAUACACAGCAUCCGGCCACCCCCCGCCACCUGCCACCAGAAUCUGCAGAAGAGACACUGCCAACAAAUGUUGCACAGGGGGUGGAUCGGUCGGUCGGUCAGUCCGUCGUCGUUGGAUGUAGCUUUCUUUAGUGCAUUGAAAAUUAGCUGAAAUCUGUUGUUGGCAAAAAUACAGUAAAAUACAUUUACCUAUUAAACAAAAAACAAAAAAAAUAUAUAAAAAGGAAUAUUGAUGGUCAGAUGACUUUUGGGUGGCGAUAUCACCAAUUACAUACAUAAAUACAUCCUCCAACCACACAAUCAUUAACCAUUCUUAAUUUUUCUUUGUGCAUUUACAUGAGAAAUAAAUCAACAAGAAUCUUUAA